AUGCCCAAACGGCAUUUCUUCGCCGUUCCCAGAGGUUAUGACAGUAUAAGAGGGGUCUUCGCGAAUAAAGACGGCUUGAACGUCCCUAAGACGGCGAGCGCGGUCUCAGGGUUCGCCCCCGAGGGCCAGCUUCCGAGCGCCGCGAAGCCGCCGUCCUCGAGCUCCUCCUCGGCCUCGGGGCGCAGCGAGGAUGCCCCGAAUUAUGGCAGCCUGGCCGGCAGCGACCACGUCGCCCAGUCCCAGCAGGACGACAGCGGCCCCGACGAGAGCCCCGUCUACAUACUCACGUCCGCCAAGGGCGACCGCAGCUACAAGCUGCGCGACUCUAGAAUCAUAGAAAUUGCUGGAGGGCGAGAAGUCUUUUCCCAAAGUAGAGGCAAAGUUGCUGCUAGAAAACCACGUUUCCUUGCUGCGUCGAAUUCCCUAACCAAUGACGAUAGUUCCGGAGAUAACAAACUUACGGUCAAGAAGAGUAACAAAUCCCCGAACAGACAGAGUGUUUGGGAAUUGCGGAGCAGAUGUGGGGAAGCAAGAAGACAACGUGCUAAUCGUGAAGUAACAGAAACAGUAUUUUCAUCGGAGGUGCAUUCUGUUCGCCGUAACCCGGGAAAGUCUAUUCUUGAAUAUGAUUCUCCUAAGAGCAAUCGAAGCAAUCGCAUAAACAACUAUAAUUCAAUCUUAAAUAGCAAUAAUGUAGAGUAUAACGUGCCGAAAAGUAUUACCGAUUUGAAUUAUGGGCUACCAAAGAACUGUGUAGAUUAUCAAUCGAAUCACACAACCCCUGCUCGAAGUAUGGCGAUUGUUAGCGAUGGUGAAGUAGUCGUUUUUGACGAUAUUGAUGAUAAUUGGCAAGGAUUAAGGCUAGAUUUGGCCUCGACUGAUGCUAACCAAGUUACUACGAGUGGCUUGGACCUAGAGACUGAUGAACUACAACGAGGUCGAAUACCGCCAGAGCCUCCCAGUUCUAGCAUCGGUAGCACACCUAGUCCUACGGCAGGUUAUCGUCGAAAUACUUCUGACUUCUUUAAGGUUGUUACACCCGCGAGUGAUUGUGAUUCGCCUUCUCCAGAACGUGAUCAUAAAGUAACAAGGGUAAUUGGUGAAUUACCAAUUGCACAAUAUUCUGGAAGUCCACGUCGGUAUGGAAUACGUGACAAUCCCCGACUGCCGAGUCUUCUUUCAUCUCCAAGUGUCUACAUGACACCUAGACCUGGUUUUCCACAAAGAGUAUUACCAACAACGCCUAACCAAAAAGAAAAGGAAGACAAUGCAUCAGAGAUCGUUGUAGAAAAUCCUGUGAUAGAAACUAUUGUUUCCCGACAAGAGGAUCAAGCAAUGGGUCCCACCUCCCGUUCAACAGAGGCUGAAGAUGAAGAAGAUGAAGAUUUAUUAAAACCAUCAGUUUUACCUGUUGAAAAUUUAAGUAGUCUCGUCUCUCCAGGUGGAAGCACUUUUGAUUAUUUAUAUGAGUUUUCCGAGACAAGGAAAGUGCUAGAAGAAUUCUUUAAAUGCCCUCCAUCAGUAGAAGAAAAAGAAAAUACUACAGAGUCGUUUCCUUUUCAAGAUCUAGAUUAUGAACUACGGAGACAAGGAGGUAGUGCAUAUGUGGGUCAGCGAUUAGCCAGUGGACCACCGACAACAGAAGAGGUUGUAGUGCAUGAAUCUCCAAAGAAGCAACAAGCGGACUUUCCACAAACCACCGUGGAACACGAAAACAAUUUCCUAGAUCUCUCUGUAGGAACUGGUAGCAGCGAAGACUUGGGAGAAACGGAGGUGGGUCUCCAAGUUGGCCACUCACGAAACUUUACACUGAGCCCAGAAACAACGGAUUGCGACAGCAAUUGCGGUGAUUUAGACAGUGAGAUGUCAUUAAUGAUGAUAGAUAAUGAAUUGAUGCCAGCAAGUGGGUUACUUGGAUCAGUUGGAGAUUUGGGUAAUAACUCUGAUUCUCUAAGAAUAUAUACCAGUAUGCCUGUGUUAGAAGAUGGAUUAUCCAGCGGACAUGCGAGUGACACCGAUAACAAUAAUCCUACAGUGAUGUUAAUGAAACGUCAGAUAAAUGAAAUUGGAAAGGAGAUUAUUCAGAGAACUCGUAACGACAUGCUAGGUCCUGAUAAUGAUUCUACCAAGGAUGUCAGUUUAAGCGUAACUAAAGACAUUUUACACUCUCUUAAAUCUACUUCUCCUGAUUUGUUUGUAACAAAAAAGGAGAAUUCGUACGAAGGAAAUGAAUUGGAGCUAGAUGGUUUAGAUCCAUUGGGAACGCCUCCUCCACCAGCUCCGCAGGGAAGACAAAGUGCAAGUUUGGAAACCAGUGGUGGUGAAGUAGAAGCAGCUAUUAAAGACAUUAGAAUGGCUUUACAAAGAACUAAAACGUUACCUGUCAAAUCACCGUCCGAGGAACCUCCUGAACCAAGUGUCAGUCCCAUCUGGGUCCCAAGUAUGUUGGAUGGCAGAAGAAGGGUAUGCGCAGAAAGUAAUAGCGAAGACUCCGAAGCACGGCGAGGAGGUGAAGAAGGUGAUGCAGACGUUGAAGAAGGAGUCGACGAAGAAGAAGCCGACACCGAUUUGGAGACAGACCGACUGCUUGGACAACAAAGGACCGAUGAUCAGGGGUUUUACGAUGACAAGGACAAAGAGGGGAAGAAAAAGAGCAGGAACAAGGAAGCUUUGCUGGACGACCCCUCAGUCCUGAUCGAGGGGGUGCUCUUCCGAGCAAGAUACUUGGGCUCUACUCAGCUGGUCUGCGAGGGCCAGCCCACAAAGUCGACCAGGAUGUGCCAGGCUGAGGAGGCAGUGUCCAGAAUAAAGGCAUUGGCUCCAGAUGGAGAGACGCAACCCAGCACUGAAGUCGAUCUGUUCAUCUCGACCGAGAAAAUUAUGGUCUUGAACACCGACUUGAAGGAGAUCAUGAUGGAUCACGCUUUAAGGACGAUAUCUUAUAUAGCGGACAUCGGAGAUUUAGUGGUCCUCAUGGCUAGAAGACGAUUCGUACCCCACGAGAUGGAGGAAGCCCCGAAGAUCAACCGAACUCCGAAAAUGAUCUGUCACGUAUUCGAAAGCGAAGAGGCUCAAUUCAUUGCACAAAGUAUCGGUCAAGCGUUUCAAGUAGCUUACAUGGAGUUCCUCAAGGCGAACGGCAUCGAAGACCACAGCUUCGUCAAGGAAAUGGAUUAUCAGGAAGUGCUGAACUCGCAGGAGAUAUUUGGCGACGAGCUGCAGAUGUUUGCUAAAAAGGAGAUGCAGAAAGAGGUGGUGGUGCCGAAAGCUAAGGGGGAAAUCCUUGGAGUGGUAAUCGUGGAGUCCGGCUGGGGUUCGAUGCUGCCAACAGUAGUGAUAGCCAAUCUAGCACCCGCCGGCGCGGCCGCCCGCUGUGGACAGCUCAAUAUCGGCGAUCAAAUAAUCGCGAUCAACGGGGUAUCGUUGGUCGGGUUGCCUCUUUCGACGUGUCAAACGUACAUCAAGAACUCAAAGAACCAGACGGUCGUCAAGCUGACCGUCGUCCCGUGCGCACCGGUCGUGGAAGUCAAAAUCAAGAGACCUGAUACGAAAUAUCAGUUAGGAUUUAGUGUACAAAACGGAGUGAUAUGUAGUCUGUUGAGAGGUGGAAUCGCCGAAAGGGGUGGAGUUCGAGUGGGCCACAGGAUAAUCGAAAUCAACAAUCAGAGCGUCGUCGCCGUGCCGCACGAAAAGAUCGUCAAUCUUCUGGCUACAUCCGUUGGCGAAAUCCUGAUGAAGACAAUGCCCACGUCGAUGUUUAGGCUGUUGACUGGCCAGGAAUCUCCGGUGUACAUAUAAGCGUUGAAAUGCCUGGCCAUUACGUAGUGAACAGACAAUACGUCCGCCAUCCAUUACUGUACUACCCACCUCUUCUCACCGCGCUGGUUGCUCCACGUGAAUUAUCGCGCAUCGUGAUUCUCAUCGAGCAUCUCAAACAUUCACCAGCUCCCGCUUAGCUAAUCGUGGCUAAUUUAGAAGCCCAACGAACGUUACUAAAUAUCUACUCGAUCAUAAUUUAUAUGAUUAUCAUAAAUAUAUUAUAUAAAUAUAAAUAUACAGAUUAUUAAGAAACGCGAGUUUCUACGGCAGGCACUUGCACGCAGUUAACACGUUCGCGGUAAACUUGCUAGAGAGUAAGUGAGAUCAUUUAACGCUGUUGCGAAUGAGUUUUUAAUCAUUGUUAAAGUUGCAACGUUGUAAAUUUUAGAGAGGAAGGAAAAGGAAAAAGUAAUUUCGUUCGUUGACCGCUUCUAUAACUUGGCAUGUCGUUAAUCUAGCGUAACGUUAUGCAAUGAUGGUACAAAACGUAGAAUAUUAUGCCGUAGGUGAAAUCGUUGGAGAACCGAUCGAGUACGGAGGACGUGGUCUCGGGAAUCUUCGACUACGGGAAUGUUUUAGUGACACUUCAUGUAUGCCUACAAGAUAUAUAAUUCUACUUACUAAGGUUCCGUAAUCCGAAAGUAAAGGGCGGUGUGCUUGGCGGAACCGUUAACUGCUCGCGUUAACGAGAGUGUCUCAACUGCCGUAGAAAGUCGCCUUUUAUGCGCCAAGGAAGAUGAUAAGGGAUGCAAUGCACAUGAAUAUAAAUAGCACAAAGCUCUUUACCCGUGUUUAGAGCAGAGCUGGAACUGUAUAUUACAUGACUAAUUACGUAGUACUAUUUCUAAAAGGUCUCCCCACUUUUGGAGACUCAAUCUACAUUCCUUCGUUUAAUUGCUACUCUUUCAUCCUUACGCUAAGCGAUGCUUCGAAGGCGAUGCCCUACGUAUUACUUUGUACUAAAAUCACUAUGCGAUCUACGGCUUCGAGUGUCUUGUGAUUAAUACGAGGGUAUUUAUAUAGAAGAGCACAACGUAGACAAUGUAAUCGGUACUUCUGUUGCGCGAAACAUGCGGCAAUACUCUAAAACAUAUAUUGAAUUCGAAAAUGUAGUCUCUCUUCGUUGAUCCCUCCGAUCUUACGUAAUCGAGAAUUCAUGAAGGAACUCAUUCGCGAGGACACGUCAGACCUUUCAUCGAAGUGCAUUAAUUUAGUUUAGCGUUUGUACGGGUUCGUCGAAAUGCAAGUUUAAAAAUAAUACUCGAAGAGAGACUGAAAUGCACAACGUUAGAGUAUCGAGGAGCAAAAGCCUGUGGGUUAAAACGAAUCGUCGCAGGCGCGCCAUGACCGAGUGGUGCUCUUACAAAUAAAUAUCCACGAUUAUUGUGAUCUAGGUUUUAUCUAUUUUUGCUGACUACUCUUCGACUUCGAGCUAUUCGGUUUCAAAUAACGAGAGGCGGCGUCACGAGCAGGGAGAUUCCUAAAAUUCGAUAAAUUUUCAAUGCCAAAACACAUUCGACCAUGUUCGCAGCUAAUGUACAUGCCUUAGGCCAACAUGAUUUCUCCUUAAUUCCGCCAUGGGUGCAUAGACGUUCGCAGUUCUCGUUACGAGUUACAGUCUUUCUUUAUCAACUGUGAAAAACACAAAAGAAAUACCAUGUACAUAAGGAAAGGUGCAGAAAUUCUUUUGCAUAUACACGCCGCACAGCAGUCGCGGAAUAUCUGUCUAAUCUAAACACAUAUCCCGUGUGAAUACUGCGAAGUUAAGGAAUCGGAAAUGGAAAAGAAAAAAAAUGAUAAUCCUCCAUGUAUCCUACGUUGUAUCACGUACACAUUGCGCUUGCUCGUUACGCGCUGAGCAAACAAUACUCGACAUUACAUGUCGCGGGUGUAUACACCAUACAGUCAUGGAUUUUGGCAUAGAAACGUUUAUCCACGCGGUUCGGUGACCGACGAAAAGCGGUAUAUAACUCGGUAAUAAUUAUAUGGGAUCAAAACAAGAUGUUAUAUAGUUGGGUGGCUGAAACUCAUCUAGUCACUUUACGCUAAGAUUAUAAAUAAUUAAACGAACGCCCAGCCAUCGCAAGCCACCCUGACUGAACGUGUCUAGCCACAUUUGAAUUACUGAUUUUGCAAUGGAACACGCUAGCUGAGAUUGCGCGGUCAUCUCUUUUACUUGUACGCGAGAGGCACUUUUAACAUGUAUCAGGCUACGCAGCCGAAAGGGCGCAGCUAGAAGUGAUAACUUAUUUCGCAAAAGUUGCGGCGGACCUCGUACCUUGACGAAGCUUUCUUCGGUUGGAACCUACCGAAGUGCCAUUCGCUGCGAUUAUUAUACAUUAAAAGAAAAAGGAAGAAAAAAGAAGAGCAUUUAGAUACGUGUAAGUCAAUAAGGGAAAUAACAAUCGCUCCAUUUGUAUUUUAUACAUACAUACAUACAUAUAUAUAUAUACAUAUAAUUCCUUUGUAUCUCCAAGUUGCGUUCCGUUUGUACCCUACGCCUGUACUUUAUGCUUUCGGUCCAAAUUUCUUUGUAAUCCUAGUCAUAAAACUGCCUUGUACGCGAUUAAGUGAGUUUCUUGUAGACUAACGACGGUAAUUGGAUGUAAAGUUGUUGAUCAUAAUGACUCGUUUGUGUAUCGGUACGUUACUUCCAAACGCGUCGUACGCUUCUACGGUGUAAAGCGCGCGAUGCGCUCCUGUUUUCUCAGAGGGAUAAAGGAUAAAGGAUAAAGGAUCUAGGAAAAAUCAGCAUCUCCGAAUAUACCGAAAUACGUGACAUAAUAUUUUGAAUAUAAAUAACGACUACCAGUCGGACGCGGUGAACAGCUUUUUUACAUUUACGAGACACGGGGCGGAAGGGAAACGAUGAUCCUGCAAAGUCAGUGUAUAGUCGGAGAGGAGUACUGAAUCGCGGUCGCGGCUGCAGCGAUCAAUGAAUAUUAAUUAUAAACGCCCACACUCGUACGAGAUAAGAGUAAUCUAUCUUAUACAUACUAGAGCUUGCGCCGUAGCUUCGCAGGUCACAAACGAUGCUACAAAAUAUCACGACUAUCUCUAUCAAUGUUUGUGAGUGUAUUAUAAGUUAAAUUAAUAAAUAAGCGAGCUAUUGAAUGUGUAUAUGGUAACACUCUACUAGUCCAUACAAAGAUAACAAUAAACUGUAAUUUUGAAUUCAAAUUCGAAA